GCGCCACCGAUCUCCGAGCCCUAGGGGGGCGGGCACCCGCAGUCUCCCAACGGGAGGGCGCAGCGCCAUUUGACGGGCGGCCCGGGCGGCCAAUCGCGAUGGUCCCGUCAUGGCGGCGCCCAGCGAUGUCCGGCCGGGGCGUGUGGCUACGGACGCGAGCGCGGCUGCGGCGCUUCCCCGAGCUGCUGGCGGGUUGCGGGGAGCAGGCGGCUGCCUACGGGCGGUGCGUGGCGGCGGCGGCGGCCGGGCCGGCGGAGCUGCGGCGGGACGACUGCCUGGAGGAGUUCCGGGCGCUGCGGGAAUGCUUCGCCCGGGCGGCGAAAGCGACGGCGAAGUGACCCCGCGCACCCACCUGAAGACGCUUUGGAAAAAUUAAAAAAAAAAAAAAAACGUCCAA